GCUCCACCGUGGCGCGGCUUCCUAGAUACUCACUGUGAGCUACCUUGACAAUAUAUUGAUACUUGCCGACCCCAAAAACCCAUCAUUAGACCCUCGAUAGAAUAACCCGCGCCCUCUGUAGCCGCCGUGCCCCGCAUGGCUUCGUCCCCGACCUCCACCCGUAGCCCGCCCUCGCCCUCGGCAUCCUUCUAUGACUUGAGCGACGAUGAAGAGGGCGAGUACAACACCAUCAGACACACCGAAAGCGGGCGGGGCGUGAAGCUACUGUACACCAAAAGCAAAGUCUACAUCCACCCUACGCCCUCCGCCAGAGACAACAUACCCGGCUUCAUAGCCCUCGUACAGCAGAAAGCCCCCGUGAAGAACAACGACGCCCGCCCAAGUACGUCCUCGUCCAAGAGCGAACAUGCAUCCUCCCUGCUGCUCGCCUGGCUGCCCGAGACAUCCCUCGGCGACGCAUACGACACCUACGUGAAAGUCGACCUGUCCGACUCCUCGUCCCCGCCGCGACAAACAUACCUCGUCCCCCCGCCGCCUACCACCACAUCUCACGCGUCCUCGAUUGGCACAUAUGCUUUCGCUGUUCCCGUCAGCGAGGUCUACUCCCUGCUGGUCCGCCCUCCAAGCAUCGGAUGGUGGUUCGGCAGUGUGGUGGUCAAUACACGCGCAGGUGACAGCUUCCCGGCGCUCUUCUUCCAUGAUAGCGAGUGCCAGUCUACCAUCAUGCAGCGCAAGAAGCUGGCCAAGGAGAGCUUCGACCCGUUCAGCGAUGGCGGCGGUAUGUUCUGGGGCGGCGACGAGGUCCUGCGAUGGUUGAAGAGGUAUGUCCACGUAGAGCGGUCGGGAGCGGACAACAGCAUCUACCUCAUUGAACCUACCGAGGAGGACAGGCGAGCAGUCGGCCGAAAUGCACCUGUUUCGCCCAAGGCAAAGAAGGACGACGGCAAACAAGGCGAAGCUUCAUCGUCGAAAGACCAAGGCAAGAGAGACGGCGGGAUGGACCCGGUCACCAAGGCGCUCAAGGAGGCGAGGUGGAGCUUUCUAGAGAAGCUCAGCCAAGUCACAACGUUCACCCGGAGGACCGCACAGGCCGUUGUCGAGAACAAGAACCUCCCUCCGCAAGUACGACGGCUCAUCCAGAACCCCGAAGUGCAGACACUACAAGAGGAGUUUGAUAGCGCACGGUUGUAUCUGGCACGAUGGGCAAUGGGAAUCGCCGAGCAAAGCGAACGCGACCGUAACCAGAGAAUAUGGACAGCCAAGGACGUCCUAGCCAUGGAAGAGAGCGAUGUGGGAGACUUCGAGAUCCUUGACAUGGAUCGCAUGUCGAUGGCUGAUCGCAGAAAACCCGUCACACUGGAAGAGUGGAAGGGUUUGUUCGACAGGCAUGGACGUCUCCAGGUCACGCCUGACGAAGUCAAGGAGCGCAUCUUCCAUGGCGGUCUGCAUCCAGACGAUGGCGUCCGCAAAGAAGCGUGGCUGUUCCUCCUAGGCGUGUAUGACUGGAACAGCUCCGAAGAAGAGCGAAAGGCGAAUCUAAACAGCCGACGAGACGAGUACAUUCGCCUAAAGGGUGCAUGGUGGGAAAGGAUGGUCGACGGGUAUGGUUCUCUCGAGGCCGAAGAAUACUGGAAGGAGCAGAAGAACAGGAUAGAGAAGGAUGUGCAUAGAACAGAUCGUACUAUUCCAAUCUUCAUGGGCGAGGACAUCCCGCAUCCAGACCCUGACUCGCCGUUCGCAGAUGUCGGAACUAACGUCCACCUGGAGCAGAUGAAGGACAUGCUCCUCACCUACAACGAAUACAACAAGGACCUGGGCUACGUGCAAGGCAUGAGCGACUUGUUGGCUCCCAUCUACGCAGUCAUGCAGGACGACGCUAUUGCAUUCUGGGGGUUUGUUGGAUUCAUGGAGCGCAUGGAGCGCAACUUCCUUCGCGACCAAUCCGGCAUGCGCAAGCAGCUGACCACUCUUGACCAUCUUGUUCAGCUAAUGGACCCCAAGCUCUACGUUCACCUCCAAUCUGCCGACUCCACCAACUUCUUUUUCUUUUUCAGAAUGCUUCUUGUGUGGUACAAGCGCGAGUUUGAGUGGGCCGACGUUCUACGGCUCUGGGAAGGGCUUUGGACAGACUACCUCAGCAGCAACUUUCACAUCUUCAUCGCGUUGGCGAUACUUGAGAAGCAUCGCGACGUCAUCCUGGCUCACCUGAAGCACUUUGACGAGGUUCUGAAAUACGUGAACGAGCUAUCCGGCACCAUGGACUUAGAGUCUACACUAGUCCGUGCCGAGUCUCUCUAUCGGCGAUUCCAGCGAACGGUUGAGAUGAUUGAUAAGAAAGGGAACUUCCCAUCUGCACCUGGAAUGCGGCAGCGGAAACCCAUCGAAGGCUCGGAGGGUCCAUCAGACUCGAAUGCGAAGGCAUCUACAUCUGCUACCGAGAACGCUAAACAACCAACCGUCGACGCGGAUGCUAGGGUGAUCAGCCCUGAGUUAAGGAUACUGCUCAGUCGCAAAAUCGAAAAGCUUGAGAAGGACGAUGUCGUUAAGCAUGGUGGCGGCGUCGGUUCAUAGGGGAGCCACGCAUAGUUUUGGUUUCAUUUUCUUGCACACAUCAUUGGGUUCAUCUUCGCAUGAUUUGGGUACAUCGUAGGCACCAGGAAGGCACGCGGGCGUAAGGCGUAGAUACCUACAUACGUAGCCAGGCUCGACGAUCAGGGCUUAGCGCGACUGUUUACAAGCUCACCUCUUCACCUGUCUCUUCACAAUUCUCAAACGAACUAC